CUCGCAUCAGUCUUAAUUUCUGGAAAAAAGGGAGAAAGAAAAAAAAAAUGUUCAAGAGAGCUUGUGUUUCUUCACUGUCCUUGUUCCUCUUUCUUGCUUAUUUCUGUCUGCAUGCAAAGGGGUGGAGCGGGAAUGGUGAUUGGGGUGCGGGGCCUCUGUUUCCCAAAGAUAAGAGGGAGACGAUUGUGUCGACAGAGUAUGGAGAGAUCUCAGCAGCGCAAGUGAGUGAUGGGACAAGGAGAGGAUCCUACCAUCUCCAGUUCUUCACUCUGGAGCCUAACUCCCUUUUUCUUCCAGUUCUACUCCAUACGGACAUGGUAUUUUAUGUACACACGGGGAGUGGGAAGUUAAAUUGGGCCAACGAAGAAAAGGAGAAGACGACACUGACAGCAUUAAGACGGGGUGAUGUGUAUAGGCUGAAGCCAGGGACUGUUUUCUACUUGCAGAGCAACUUAGAAUCAGAGAGGGAGAAGCUUAGAAUUUAUGCCAUCUUUGUUAACUUAGAAGAUGGCGAUUUAAAUGAGGUAUCAUCAAUUGGGGCAUAUUCUAGCAUUAGCGACCUGGUCCGGGGCUUUGAUAAGAAAGUUCUCCAAGCUGCUUUUGAGGUCUCUGAGGAACUGAUAGAAGCAAUAACAAAUGCAACCAAGCCACCUGCUAUUGUCCAUAAUGUGCCAGCAAGAUCAGAGAAUCUGUGGGGGUGGGAAGCUCGAUUCCUUAAAGCCUUUAUUGGAAGCCAAGGCCACAGCAUUUAUGAUUUGGAGAACAAAAAGAAGGCAGCCAAGACAUUCAAUAUUCGAGAUGCGGAUCCAGACUUUGAGAAUUGUAAUGGACGGGCCUUGACGGUGACCACCAAAGACAUGAAAGUAUUGAAGGGUUCCAACAUUGGAAUUUUCAUGGUGAACCUGACAAAGGGUUCAAUGAUGGGGCCGCACUGGAAUCCAUUGGCUACUGAGAUAGCAGUAGUCUUAGAAGGGCAAGGGAUUGUUCGGGUGGUUUGUUCUAGCAACACUACGAAAUCAAGUUCAAGCAACACUACGAAAUCAAGUUCCAGCAACUCUACCAAAUUCAAGUGUGAAAACAGGAGUUUUAGGGUGAGGGAAGGAGAUGUUUUUGUUGUCCCAAGGUUCCAUCCCAUGGCUCAGAUGUCCUUCAAUAAUGGCUCCUUGGUGUUUAUGGGAUUCAGCACAGCCUCAAAACUGAAUCAUCCUCAAUUCCUAGCAGGAGAAAGCUCUGUUCUCCGAACUCUUGACAGGGAUGUGUUAGCUGCAGCCUUCAAUGUUUCCAACACAACCAUGGAUCAGUUUCUGACUCCUCAGCGUGAGUCUAUCAUCUUAGAUUGCACUAGUUGCGCUGAGGAGGAGGCAAGGAUGAUGGAAGAGGAAAUUGAAAAGAAAAGGCAAGAGGAGGAAGCUAGGAAGGAGGAAGAAGAGAGAAAGAGGAAGGAGGAGGAAGCCAAGGAGGAGGAAGAAGAAAAAAAGAGGGAAGAGGAGGAAGCCAGGAAAAGAGAGGAAGAGGAGAAAAAGAGGGAGGAAGAGGAAGCCGAAGCCAGAAAGAGAGAGGAAGAAGAGGCAAAAGAGGAAGAUAGGAGAAGGGAAGCAGCAGCAGAAAGGGAGCAAGAGGAGGCAAUGAGAGAAGAAGAUGAGAGACAAAAGAGGGAGAGGGAAGAGGAGAAGUAUGAAAAGGAGAAAAAGAGGGAGGAAGAGGAAGGCAAAGCCAGAAAGAGAGAGGAAGAAGAGACAAAAAGGGAAGAAGAUAGGAGAAGAGAAGCAGCAGCAGAAAGGGAGCAAGAAGAGGCAAUGAGAGGAGAAGAAGAAAGACAAAAAAGAGAGGGGGAAGAGGUGAAGUAUGAAAUUGGGGGUGGUGGGGAGGGAAAAAGAGCAGAGUAUUGAACACUUGGAAUGUUUGACAUGCCUCCUCUCACCCACCUGCCUGUACUACACAGUCAUGAGGAGUGAGGGUAGCAGUCUUCCAACACCUUCCUUAGAUCCUUACGUUUUAUGUUUCCCUCUAAUUAAGUUCCAUCAUCUGAGUUGGUUCAGUAGAUCUUUUUCUUGAAAUAGGCAGGAGAUUUUUGUUUCACGUUUUGAUGGUGAGAUGGGAGUUUUGUGGAAAUGUAAGCCCAGCUUUUAAAAUAAUCAUAGUCGUUCAUGUUGGUUC